AAACGCAUCCUCAUGUAAAAACAAUUUAUCCAACCGAACCUGGUGGCCGAGUCUCACUCAUCUAAAUCACUCCUAAAAACUCGCCUCUUGUUUAUCUGUUUACAACUUCCCUUAACCAGAAAUCUCGAGUGAAGAUAAAGAAGAUGAUGAUGCGGGACGACGCCGCCACCAACAACGACAACGACAACGACAACAAUCUACCCAACACCGAAAAAUCCGACUUCGACCAAGAUUCUUACCUUAAUUUCGAUUUCUUCUCGUCUAUGUCCAAACCCAAGGAUUAUUACAAGAUAUUGGAAGUGGGUUAUGAUGCUACGGACGAUGCGAUUCGAUCAAACUACAUACGCCUUGCCCUGAAAUGGCACCCGGAUAAGCAGAGAGACCAGGACUGUUCCACUUUCAGAUUUCAGGAAAUAAACGAGGCUUAUCAAGUUUUGAGUGAUCCUGUGAAGAGGUUAGAAUAUGACAAGAAUGAAAUGCAGUAUGUCUAUGAUUACAACAUAAUUGUAAGAGUCUCAAUUCCUGAGCUGAAAGCCUCUUCAUAUGCCGAUACACUUGAGGAUGGUCUUCUAAUCUUUUCAUUUGUUGGUUGCACCUGCAGGAGUAUCUCAACCGUUACAAGGGUCUUAUAUUGACGUGCAACGGUCUUGGAAUAAAGCAUUCAGUCUGGUAAAAAGAGACGGACCACACCACAGUGCAUAGAGAUGUCAUUUUAGGUAGAAUUUUGAUUAGUGCGUCACUGCAUUUCUUCAUAAUAUCUGUUGAAUCUGCAAGUGGUACAAUUGAGGACAAGGGACCCCUGUGGGGGCUUACUGCAAUACUGCUUAUGCGCAUCAUGUAUAGGUAGACGCGAAGAUAUCACCAUCUUGUUGUGACAUCUUAGCUCGUGUUAGUUACCCUCAUCUUGGAACUGUCAUUUACUUUUCUCCUUUUGUUUAUGAAACGGUUGAAGAGGAUUUUAUUUAGCCUUACAUCUCCUCCCUACAUAUAAACUGAGUAACACCUCCCGAUUAUAUAAAAAGCACCGGAAUUAGGCUAUUAGCUGGUUUUAACA